AUGGUCGGAGCCAAGGACUUAGUUUUGAUCACCGUGAGCCAAAACGUCUCCUUCACGGGUAAGUCCUGGCUCCUGCUGAUGCUUGGCUUUCGUUCUCUUCUCGUGUUUUUGGCCGGAUUCUCCCUCUUCAGUGAUGAACAGGAGCGCUUCAUCUGCAACACCAUCCAACCGGGCUGCUCCAACCUCUGCUUCAACGUCUUCGCCCCCAUCUCCAUCCUCCGUCUUUGGCUCUUCCAUCUGAUCCUGCUCCUGGUUCCUCACCUCAUCUUCUGCACUUACCUCACCCACAAAGUCCUGUCCAAACCUGCUCUCAUCCCUCUACCUCCUCCUCUUCUCCACAGCGAAAGAAACUCACCACUAACCCUCGAAACAUCUCCAUCUUUCCACAAAUCUGCACUUCGGGAAUGGACCCCGCCCAGGUUCUACUGCGCCUAUGUGUCCGUCGUGAUCUUCCGGAUGGUUUUGGAAGCUGCGUUCGGAGUUGGGCAGUUUUUCCUUUUUGGAUUGGCAUUUCCGAAAAGUUUCCUCUGCUACGAAGCACCGUGCACAUCCGGGAUCGAGUGCUACAUCUCCAGACCCACUGAAAAAUCCCUAAUGCUAAAUUUCAUGCUAGCUGUAGCAGCUUUCUCAAUAUUUCUCAGUUUUUUGGACCUGGUGAGUUCUUUAAAGGCGAUGGUGGGAUGGAGGAAGAGACAGGAGAAUCUACUGGAGGAGCUAAGUAAAGGAGAGCAGAGCAGCGUCUUUACAACCAGUGAAGACAUGGACAAUCUGUUGACGAAAAGAGGUAGCCCGAAUGCUAAACAUGCUAACGGUGAGCCUCAUUUCCCCGUAGAUAACCAUGCCCCCAAACCAGAGCUCUCAUGUCCAGCUACAGCCUCUCCUUUUGGGUCUCAGAGCCAGCUGAAGCCCCCCUUAUACCCACGACCAGACCGAGGAGCAGCCACGCCAUCCCGGGCACCUGCCCCCAGUGUUAGCAGGAGGGUGGCGACGGCCGUGGCUGGCUCUGGGCAGCAGUCUGACAGUGACUCGCAGGACCACAAGAGGGCGUGGGUGUGA